CCUCCUGGCGACGCGGCGGCCGCUGCUCUCCGGCCCGGCUCUGCGGGCUGCUGCGGGAGCGGGACCCGGGAGGCGGAGGCGCUGGGACAGCGAACCAUGGAGCUGUAUUUUGGUGAAUACCAACACGUACAGCAGGAAUAUGGGGUCCACCUGAGACUCGCCAGUGAAGAGGCCCCGAAGCCAAGGAAUUCCCAGUCCUCAAAGGCAGGCUCCUAUGGUGUCAGUAUUAGGGUCCAGGGAAUUGAUGGUCACCCUUACAUAGUCCUGAACAACACCGAACGGUGUCUAGCAGGUACUCCUUUUCCAGAAAACGGUCCAGCGUUUCCAUCUUCAAUGAUAAAUAAUCUGUCCUUACAUCCAAGCAAUGGGACCGUGUUGAAGGAGAACCAUCCAGAGGAGCUGCAGCUUCCAGAAAACCCAUACCUGCAAACCAGCCCGAUAAGAAACCAGAAGCAGCUUCCGCUCCAUGAAGGCAAGAACGGAGUUGUAGAACGCAAAGACAGGCCCACAAAACUACCCCACGUGCUCAACUUUCAGAGGCACCCGGAGCUUCUGCAACCCUAUGACCCUGAAAAGAAUGAGGUGACCUCAAAGCAUCACCCUCCGGAGAGUCCCUGGCUGAGAAAUGCACUAGAGGAAGGGACCAACUACAAGAAGCCUCGGAAUUGCUUUCCCAAACCUUGCGGUUCCCAGUCCAACAGCCCUACUUUGGAAGAUGCAGCUAAGACCAACACGACGGCAAUCCGUCUCUGCAGCUCCGUGGUCAUAGAAGACCCCCAAAAGCAGACCUCAGUGUGCGUGAAUGUUCAGAGCUGCGCCAAGGAGGGUGUAGGGGAGGAGGCCCUUUCCCCUCGACGGAAAUCUUCAGCCGCCCCUAGCCCACAGGCCUACUCUGAAACCAAGAAAAGUAGGCCAGAUGUACUGCCCUUCCGACGACAAGAUUCCGCAGGACCCAUUCUGGAUGGAGCUCGGUCACGGAGGUCAUCUUCGUCAUCCACAACUCCCACCUCAGCCACUUCCUUGUACAGAUUUUUACUUGAUGAUCAGGAAUGCGCCAUCCAUGCUGACAAUGUCAACCGCCAUGAAAACAGAAGGUAUAUCCCCUUCUUGCCAGGAACUGGGCGGGAUAUCGACACCUGCUCAAUUCCUGGUGUGGACCAGUUAAUAGAAAAGUUUGACCAAAAGCCUCAGAGAAGAGGAAGGUCUGGGAAGAGAAACAGGAUCAAUCCGGAGGACAGGAAAAGAUCUCGAAGCGUAGAUAGUGCCUUUCCGUUUGGUCUCCAGGGAAAUAUAGAAUACCUCACGGAGUUCAGCAGGAACCUGGGCAAGUCUAGCGAGCACCUCCUCCGCCCGUCCCAGGUCUUCCCGCAGAGGUCGCUGGCCCCUGAGCACCGUGGGAAGCACAGUCCAAGCUGCGCACUUGCAAAGCUGCAGGGUGCCACACAGGGUGCCCACUCCAAGCCUCUCCUGCAGAACAAAGAUGGGAAAGUUCUGAACAAAGGAAGCCAGGAAAGCGUGGUGGCUUGUACCUCCUCCCUUCCAGCACAGAAUAAAAAAGAGGAAGAAAUUAAAAUAGCCACUGCCACGUUGAUGUUACAGAACCGGGCCGUGGCUGCCACACCUGAUUCUGGUGCCAAGAAAAUUUCGGUGAAGACGUUUCCUUCCGACUCUAAUACACAGGCCACACCAGAUCUGUUAAAGGGCCAGCAGGAGCUUACGCAACAAACCAACGAGGAGACAGCCAAGCAGAUCCUUUACAAUUAUCUCAAAGAAGGAAGCACAGACAAUGAGGAUGCCACCAAAAGGAAAGUCAACCUGGUCUUUGAGAAAAUCCAGACUUUAAAGUCUCGAGCAGCAGGGAGUGCGCAAGGCAAUAAUCAAGCUUCGAAGUUUUCCUCCGAAGUCAAAGACCUAUUGGAGCAGAAGAACAAAUUGAUGUUAGAAGUGUCUGAACUACAGAGGCAGCUGCAGCUGGAGAUGAAGAACCAUCAGAAUGUUAAGGAGGAGAGAGAGAGGAUGCGAGAGGACUUAGACGAGUUACGAGGCCGGCACCAGAGGCAAGUGGAGGAGACCGCCACCCUGCGGCGACGGCUGGAGGAAAGCGAAGGAGAGCUGCGGAAGAACUUGGAAGAGCUGUUCCAGGUGAAAAUGGAGCGGGAACAGCACCAGACAGAGAUUCGAGACCUGCAGGAUCAGCUGUCAGAGAUGCAUGACGAACUGGACAGUACCAAGCAGGCCGAGGACAGGGAGAAAGGAGCGUUGAUCGAGGAGCUCUUGCAGGCCAAACGGGACCUUCAGGAUCUGCUCAUUGCCAAAGAGGAGCAGGAAGAUCUCUUGAGAAAGCGGGAGCGUGAACUGACUGCCUUGAAGGGUGCCUUGAAGGAGGAGGUCUCCAGCCAUGACCAGGAGAUGGACAGGCUGAAGGGACAGUACGAUGCUGAGCUGCAGGCCCUUAGGGAGAGCGUGGAGGAGGCAACCAAGAAUGUGGAGGUCCUGGCCAGCAGAAGCAACUCGUCGGAGCAGAGCCAAGCAGAGGCUGACCUGCGUGAGAAGGUGCUGAAGGAGGAGAAUGAGAAACUGCAGGGAAGGAUUGCAGAGCUGGAGCACAGACUGGUCCAGCUGCAGAGGCAGAUGGAGGAUGUGAAAGACGAUGAGGCCCAGGCAAAGGAGACACUCCGCAAGUUUCAGAGUGAAGUACAGCAACUAGAGGGAGCCCUUGUGCAUGCCAGACAGGAAGAAAAGGAAGCCACCUCCGCCAGGAGAGCUCUGGAGAAGGAGCUGGAACAUGCCCAGAGAGAGCUGAGCCAGACCUCCCAGGAGCAGAAGGAGCUGUUAGAGAAACUCCAGGAGGAGGCUGAGCAGAAGGAGCAGCUGCGAAAGCUGAAGAACGAGAUGGAGAGUGAGCGGUGGCACCUGGACAAGACCAUCGAAAAGCUGCAGAAGGAGAUGUCGGACAUUGCAGAGGCCUCCCGAACAUCCUCUUUGCAGCUGCAGAGGCAGCUGGGUGAGUACAAGGAGAAGAACCGCCGGGAGCUUGCGGAGAUGCAGACUCAACUGAAGGAGAAAAGCCUGGAGGUGGAAAAGGCCAGACUGGCAGCUGUGAAGAUGCAGGAUGAGUUGCGCCUCAAAGAGGAAGAGUUGCGAGACUACCAACGAGCCGAGAAUGAAGCACUCACAAAAAGGCAACUUCUGGAGCAGUCGCUGAAGGAUCUGGAGUACGAGCUGGAGGCCAAGAGUCACCUCAAGGAUGACCGCAGCCGGCUUAUCAAGCAGAUGGAGGACAAGGUAACCCAGUUGGAGAUUGAAUUGGAAGAAGAAAGAACCAAUGCUGAUUUGCUGUCUGAGAGGAUCACUUGGAGCAGGGAACAGAUGGAGCAGAUGCGGAACGAGCUACUGCAGGAGAAAGCUGCCAAGCAAGACUUGGAGUGUGACAAGAUUUCCCUAGAGAGACAGAACAAAGACCUAAAGAGCCGGAUUGUCCACCUGGAAGGUUCCUACAGGUCCAGUAAAGAGGGCCUGGUGGUGCAGAUGGAGGCCAGGAUUGCAGAGCUGGAGGACCGACUAGAGAGUGAAGAGAGGGAUCGGGCCAACCUGCAGCUCAGCAACCGAAGGCUGGAGAGGAAGGUGAAGGAGCUGGUGAUGCAGGUGGACGACGAGCAUCUGUCACUGACGGACCAGAAAGACCAGCUGAGCUUGCGCCUGAAAGCCAUGAAGCGCCAGGUAGAGGAGGCUGAAGAGGAGAUCGACAGACUGGAGAGCUCGAAGAAGAAGCUCCAGAGGGAGCUGGAGGAUCAGAUAGGAGUAAACGAGCAGCUGCAGGGGCAGCUCAACUCCAUGAAGAAGGGCUUACGACUUAAGACGCUGCCUAGUAAAGUACUGGAUGACUCGGAUGACGACGACCUCAGCAGUGAUGGGGGAAGCCUCUAUGAAGCACCACUGAGCUAUUCCUUUCCCAAAGACAGCACCCUCACCAGCCAGAUCUGAGUCUGCCUCCAGGCCUGCUGAUCCCAGAGGGCUCUGAAGCCAUCCCGAGCACGAGGUGCUAACGGGGACUUGGGAGUGGAGUCACACCCAUGUAUAGACUGUACAUAUUUUAAAACGAGACCUUCUCAAGGACUGCUGCUGUUCUACUUUAGAAUGUUCCAGAGCUUUUUGUAAAGUUCACAUAUCGAUAUGGAUUAUCUUUUAAAACAUGAAGCUACCAGAUCUCAAGUAUUAAAAAGCAGAGGCAAAGGGGGAAGAGUGAAGGCUACUCUGGAAAUCAGAGGUGGUCACACAGUGGAAAGUUAGCACUGGGAAUCCGCUCAUUGAUGCUAGGGAGGGGGCUUUUACCUAGGGCUGAGUCUGUGGCCUUGGUUGCUUAUUUUAUCUAAACCAUGCUAAGAGCACUUCCCAUUCCCCAGUUUCUUCCGAGCAGGUAGAACGGUGACAUAGAUGGGAUUUUUAGCAAGUGCUGUGCUUCUCAAAGGACCAGAGUCCUGUUGGUGCGUCUCAGUGGUCCUUUCCUCCAUGGCAGGGCACCAAGUGACGCUUACUCAGGCCUGGAAUUGGAGGAGUAGGAGGGGCUAUGAUGUGAGGACUUAGAUGUGAGGAUGAGGUGGGAGGCAUCCGUUAAGUUCGAGGGGAAAGGAUAAAGGGAGAUGUGGGUAUAGAACUGGUAUGAGGAGGAAUACAGAGUUGUUGUUGAAAGCUAGUGAAUGUACAAGAAGAGGACGGGGUAGUGUUGAGCUGGGGCUUGGAAUGAUGGGAAUAAGAAUUGGGGGUGCUUGCCAUCUGAAGGUCAUUUCCAGGAAUGGGGUGACAUGAGUUCGAGCUCCUAGAGCAAGCGUGUGAUGCCAUGGUGGCCUUGGGGAUGAUGCUGGCCAUCCCUGCACAUCUCCUGGCCUACCUAUGUUACCUGCCAUGGUCAUCUACCAAUGAAAGGACCUUGUGAGCUGGCUAUGUGUGUAAGGCAGAGGUGACAGGUCGCUGAAGCAGGGUCCCCAAACUUCCUGCUAUGGGGACUCUUGGGGACCAGGUUGUCAUGACCUACCCAGUGCAGGUCACAGAGUUCACCCAACAAGAUUUAAGUGAAGGGAGCUGAAGGGUGAACAUUUGCUACUAGGAAACCAAGCCCUGUAAUACUGUAAUACUGUCACCCUCGCCUCUGUUUCCGCACCGGGUAUGGAGCGGUUUCUCCUUGUAGCCAUUUCUCCAUUUAACAAAUAUGUACUGUCCAUCAAAGUGUGUGGGGCACAGACUGUGGCACUGGAAACGCAGAGACUGGAGUAAGUGUCUGUUGGACUGGAGAUGUGGCUCAUCUAGAACAGUGCUGGCCUAGCAUGCACGAAGCCCCAUGUUUAAGCCCCAGCUCUAUAAACAAGGUAUGGUGCCACAUCCCAACACUCAGGAAGUGGGGGCUGGAGAGUCAAGAGUUCAAGGUCAUCCUUGGAUACACAUGCAGUUCCAGGCCAGCCUGAGAUGUAGGAGACCACAGAUGACACUAUUUCAAAAAAAAACAAGCCACCUCUGUAAUCCAGGAGAGUGGCUAACAGUUUGAUUUGCAGGCUGAACCCUCUAUCCCCAAUCUUGAGCCCUCUGUCCUCUUGGGAACUUGACAGCCUGCAGUUGGUUGACUGGCCCCUCCAGCACUCACAGAAAUUCUUUGGCUCCUAGGACUUCAUGCCUUCAUUAGAUAUCUUCAAUAAUCCUAGAAAUGCCGCAGUCUUCUCACUCCAGCGAUUCAGGUGAGGAAAAUCAAGAUGCUGAGGAAGGGGCGUUUUGGGGCUUGACAAAAUCAGCCAGCUCUCAUUACAGACAGGUCUUUCUGGUAGCCAUGGGGCCAGCUACACAAAGGAUAGCAGCCCCUGAGAAACAGAGGGCACUACUGGGAGCACUUACAGAGACACCCCCAAAAGGGAGGCUAGACAGGACGAGGCGCGUGUUCUCCUGUGCUGCAGUGGAGUGGGCAGCAAGCCGGUGAGCAGUACAGCUGGCGCCAUGACAUGACUUCAGGCUGAGCUUCAGACAGAUGUUUGCAAGUCCCAAGCUCCUCUCUUCCCUGUGGUCUUGGCAGAUAAAUCCGGGGACAAGGUGAGGAAUAGGGUUCCACGUCCUUCUCAACCUGACCCUGUGACCAUUCCUCUGUUUUCUUAUGUAUACAUGCUUUUCAGUUUAUUGCUUUAAGAACUAAUCCUGCCCAAGAGUAUUUUCUUUAGCUAGCUUAAAAAUAUUUUGUGUAAACGCAUGUUGCCAAAGGCAAUGCAGAGAUGACAAUCGCUGUAUGGCUUUUAUAAUCUUUCUCCUGCUUCAGAGUGUAUUCUACCAUGACAAUUGGAUACUCUGUGGGCCUUUUUUCAUUAGGAUUUGGUUACUAUGCAUUGUCAUGGAGAAAAGACAUUUUUAUCACAGCUACCUCCAUGCAAGUGACUUCCUGGAUAAGGCAAUAUUUCCUUUCAAUAAACUGUCACCUGACAGGAA